AAUGAAACGCCCUUGAAGAUCUACGGACGCCGCGAGAGGACAUUUAAGCCUAACAUUGAUAAACAUGGCUACGUUUGUUCGCAAACCUAUUUUGUGUUAUGUUUUAAACGGCAUCAAGCAACUUAGCGGGCGACAGACAAGGGAAACGUCGUUCUUAUGGAGAAGUUACGCCACCGAUCGAGAGAACAGAGUUCCCAAAAUAUAUACCAAAACAGGCGACAAAGGUUUCUCAAGCACAUUUACUGGAGAAAGAAGACCAAAGGAAGAUCGUAUUUUUGAAGCUUUAGGAAACACAGAUGAAUUGUCAUCAGCAAUAGGCUUGGCCAGAGAAUUUUGCCACGAGAAAGGCCAUACAUUCACGAAUCAGCUGGAUAAGAUACAGUGCGUUUUGCAAGAUGUUGGUGCCAAUAUUGCCACUCCUCAGUCAUCAGCAAGAGAAACUCAUCUAAAGCGGACAAAAUUUUCUGGAACGCCAAUAACAGAUUUGGAAGGCUGGAUUGAUACAUUCACAGAGGAACUCCCUCCUCUCACCAACUUUAUUUUACCUUCUGGAGGAAAAAGCAGCGCAGCUUUACAUAUAGCUCGGACCGUCUGUCGCAGAGCUGAACGCAGCGUCGCUCCAAUUGUGCGCUCUGGUGAGGCUGAUCCAGAUGUUGCCAGGUUUUUAAACAGAUUAAGCGACUACCUUUUCACCGUGGCCAGAUAUGCCGCCCUAAAAGAAAACAACAAGGAGAUAAUCUACAAAAGACCUGAAUAAUACUUAAUAAAACACUUCAUACAUA